AUGCUUAGGUCUUCAGUUAUCAGGUCAGUUGGAAGAUUGUCUUUGACAUCUUCUAGCUCUCUGGUUGUCGGUUCUGUAGUAGUUCCAAGGUUAAGCUUUAAUAAUCAAUUCAAUGGUAUUCGUUUUAAAUCUACUACUAGUCCAAGUUCUGGAGUUGAUGCUGCUAAUGAAAUCCAAACUCAGUUGCCUUCAUUUGAUGAGAUAGCUUCAAAUGCCGGUGCUAUCUCUGAACAAGUUUCACAAGCUGUCAAUAUGACUUCUGAUCAAAUUGGUUAUAUGAAUAGCAUUGGCUUAGCUCAAUCAUGGACUUGGCCACCUGAUCUUAUUCAACAUUUCCUAGAGUAUAUUCAUGUAUAUACAGGUCUACCUUGGUGGGGUACUAUUUGUGCAGCUACAUUGUUGGUCAGGCUUGCUAUGUUCCCAUUAUAUGUUAAAUCUUCUGAUACUAUUGCUCGUAACUCUCGUAUUAAGCCGGAGUUAGAUAUAGUGACUAAAGAUCUAAUGUCAGCAGGUACCCUUUUAGAAAGCCAAACCAUUGCUUUAAAAAGAAAAAAGUUAUUAGCUGAUAAUGGAAUUCAAACAAGAUGGCUUGCAGCUCCAAUGUUGCAAUUGCCUGUGGCUUUGGGUUUCUUUAGUGGUAUCCGUGCAAUGGCUAACUAUCCCGUGGAUGGCUUUACCACACAAGGUCUUUCUUGGUUUACUGAUUUAACUCAGGCAGAUCCAUAUCUUGGUUUACAAUUCAUCACAGCUGGUGUAUUGAUGACAUUUACUAGAUUGGGUGGUGAAACUGGUGCUCAACAAUUUUCUCCUGCAAUGAAAAAAUUCUUCACCAUAUUACCUUUAAUCUCGAUCCCGGCUACCAUGAAUCUUUCAGCAGGUGUUGUAUUAUACUUUGCCGUUAAUGGUACAUUCUCAGUGAUGCAGACCGUUUUAUUAAGAAAUAAAACUGUGAGAAAAAAAUUGGGAAUAUCUGAUAUAGUGAUUCAUCCUACUAAACCUGGUACUGAACAGAAAGGUAUUAUUGCAUCUUUAAAAGAAAAUAUGGCAAAUGCAAGAGAUCAAGCUGAAAAAAAGCAAGCGAUGAGAGAUAAGGAACAGUUACAACAGGAAAUGGCUAAGGAAAGAAAAAAGAACUCAAAAGUAAAGAUUGUUCGUCGUGACUCCAAGAAACAUUAA